GAUACUGACUGACGCCCAACGAAGGUGCCACUUGAACAUUUGAUCGCUGGCGUGAAGGACGAUCAUGGUGUUCGCGGCGGUGAAGAUUGCGGCGGUGGCUGCCAUCGUUGCUUGCGGCGCUCUCGGCAUGCAACUUCCCCCUCAACACGCGCGUGGGGGUGAGCUUUUUGCAGACCUUGUGAAGAAUUCGAUCUCGCUCGGAUCGGAAUCCCACCAGGAACAAUGGUUCCAACAACAACUCGACCACUUCACGACAAAGGAACCGUUGCACUUCUUGCAGCGAUACUACGUCGAUGAUACCUAUUGGGGCAAUCAUGACAACAACCCCAUUAUCUUGUACAUUGGUGGCGAAGCUCCUAUGGACACAAUGCCCAAAGGAUUCAUUGAUGUCCUCGCCAAGGAGCACAAUGCCAAAGUUGUCGCGUUGGAACAUCGAUUCUACGGCAAAAGCACACCUAAGAACGACCUGUCGACGGAAAACUUGCGUUUCUUGUCGAUUGAACAAGCGUUGGCGGAUCUGAACCACUUCAUCCAAGAGUACACCAAGCAACUCGACACGAAGAACAACCCGUGGAUCGCUGUCGGCGGCUCGUAUCCUGGCGCUCUUUCCGCAUGGUUCCGCAUCGCAUACCCCAACGCUACCGUCGCGUCCAUUUCGUCGUCGGGAGUCGUGAAACCGAUCUACAACUUCCAUGGAUUCGACGAACAAGUGGCAGAGUCCGUGGGCCCCGAAUGCGCUGAUUCAUUGCGACGCAUCACCGCCGCAUACGAGGCAGAAAUUGCUGCCGGGCGCGGCAAACAAGUUAAAGCGUUGUUUGGUGCGGAAGCGUUGAACGACCCCGACUUCUUCUACAUGUUGGCCGACUCGGCGGCCAUGGCGGUGCAGUACGGCACCAAGGACAAGCUGUGUGGACCCAUGGUGGCCGCCGUGAAGGCGAACGUCUCUUUGACCGAGGCGUUUGCCAACUUCACGCUGGCCAAGUACGGCAAAGAGUUCGGGUACGGUUGCUUUUACGAUACGGGGUGCCUCAAGUCGAACGUCGAGCGUUGGCCGGAAGGCCGGUCGUGGCGCUGGCAAAAGUGCUCCCAGGUGGCUUUCUUCCAAGUUGCCCCCCACGUGGGAAGCCUCCGGUCGUCGAUUGUCGACUUGGAAUACCACGAAAACCAAUGCUUCGAAAUCUUUGGUGAUGCGGUCGACCCUUCUGCGGGCGUGGCCGAAAACAUCCAACGCUAUGGCGGCGACAACCCCCAAGGACACAACAUUUUCUAUGCGAACGCGGGUGACGAUCCGUGGCAGCGUGCUUCCGUCACGACUUCGUUGUCGGAGGAUCAACCGUUUUACUUGGCGAAAUGUGACUUGUGCGGCCACUGUGGCGACCUCCACAAUGGCACGGCGGACCCUGCCCCGCGCAAGUACCAAAAAGAACUCAUUCGCGAGUACAUUGCGAAGUGGCUUGCCCCUUGGACUAGCCAAGUCGCAGCGGAUGCUCGAGUGAACGCUGCGGCCGUGAACUACACGCCGAAUGUGUCUGGGCAAUCGUUGAACCAUGCGAGCGAAGUAUCGUUCCUCAUUCUCACGCCCAUCCUGUGCCUCUUUGUCGCGUUCAAGGCCAUUAUGCACGUCGAUUUGGUCCGCGACGCGGCGGUGACUGUGCGCACGAGUCUGUUGUAAGCGGCAAACAUUGCUUUCUGGCCAACGAUGUAAAUACUGGUAAUACAUGGUAUUGCAUUUCAUCAUGCAA